AUGGAAAAUCAAGCAGUAGAGGCAGAGACAGCAUCACCGCCAAAUAAUAAUCAGGUAUCUGAACAUAACAUUGAAUUGUUUAGUUCAUAACAAUCGUAUGAAUCUUGAACUGAUCUUCAAUCGUAUUAUCUCACAGCGAGUUGGGGUGAGUAACAAGCCCAGAAUAAGCUUGAAAUCACGGCUGAGACGCGUCAGAUUUUUCAUCGGCGAGUUUCCUUUUCUCCGAAGGUCCAGUAAGUAAACCUGAACUAAACUUUGGUUUUUUAAACUGGAUAGCGUCAUCAGUUUGGAAUCAUUCUUUCAAGCGCAGUAUAGGGGUCACGCGUGAGACCCUUUACCAUUCAGUGCACUGACACUAACUGCUAACAUACAAAAAACCCUGCGACACUAACACUCUGGACAAUAUUUCCAUGCGUUUUUAAAACAAUAUUGUUAAUACAGGGAUUAGAUCAUGUUGGUCCAACUGGUGGCAGAACAGCACCAUACGAAGAAAUUGAAAUCAUCUCACCACCUUCAGUUUACGAAGUGCUUAGCAGAAACAGCCUAGACGGAAGGGAAACGACAAAUUCUGAUCGUAGCUCGCGUGAUGUUAUUCCAGCUAAUGGCAGAACAUCACCAUACAGUGUAGUUCAAAUGAUCUCACCACAUUCUGUUCACGAAAUGCUUAACAGAAACCGACCAGACGGAAGGAAAUUGGAAACGGCAAAUUCUGAUCGUAGUUCUGGUUAUGUUAUUCCAGUUAAUGGCAGAAUAACACCAUACAGGGUAGUCCAAAUCGCCCCACCGUCUUCUGUUCACGACGAGCAUAACAGAAAUCGACUAGACGGAAUAGAAACAAGAAAUUCUGAUUGCAGUUCGGGUUACGAAAAAGUCCAAAUCUCGUCACUGUCAGGCUACACCGAGCUUGACAAAAACCGAACAGACGAGACAAAUGAUCACACCUACCAGAAAUUGUUAAAACGCGACUCAGAUUAUUUGAUACCAACUCACGCGGUAGCUGAACCUUCUUGCGUAGAAGAUGGGGAAAUAAAAACUACUCCUGGCUACACGGAGCUGGACAACACGAAACGAGUACAUGAUGAUAGCGCUUCUUAUCAAAAAUUGAUAAAGAAAUAA